AAAAAAUUUUUAAAAAUGGGAGAAAAUAGUAGACCACCCGUUACCUCGUUUCGCCGUUGGUAUAUAUACCCAAGCGUCCUCUCCAGAGUGCGAACAAAGCAAGCAAACUGCUAGCUCCAGUUAAAAAUAAAUAAAUAUAAAAGUAAAUGAAAAGAGGGUGAGAGAGAAAGAGAAAGAAGAAGAAAAGCUCCUCCCAUGGGGUUAGUAGCUUUAAAAAGGAGGUGGGAGUGUUAGGAUUUUUCGUUCCUUUUUUUUUUUCUUUUUGAUUUUGGGGUGGAAGCCAAAAGAAUCCAUCCCAAGUUUCUGGGGUUUAUUACUGUGAUUCUUCGUUUUGUUGUUGGGAGAGGAGAGAAGAGGAGUCGGCGUAUUAAAGCGUUUUUUGGAUUUGGUUCGGCUAAUUUCGGAAAAUGUUAGAGCUCUCACCGGAUUCGGACCUCGAGAUCGGCUCCGAAACCCUAAACUCGAGCCACAGCUCCAUGAGCAGCGCGGGGAGCUGCGACCGCUGCUCCAGCUUCUCCCGCCUCUCCUUCGACGCCUCCGCCGCCGCCGCGGCCACCCCUUCUCCGCCGACGCCGAGAGCGGGGGCGAAGCCGCACCGCGCGUCCGAUCCGGCGUGGGCCGCGAUCCGGUCGCGGCGCGGCGGGGCCGCCGCCCUGGGGCCGCGGGACUUCAAGCUGAUCCGUCGGAUCGGGAGCGGCGACAUCGGGACCGUCUAUCUCUGCCGCCUCCGGGACGAGCCGCGGUGCCCCGCCACGGCGGGCGCCGCGGCGGCGGCGGCGCCGGCGCGGUUCCUGUACGCGAUGAAGGUGGUGGACAAGACGGCGAUCGCGAAGAAGAAGAAGCUGGAGCGCGCGGCGACGGAGCGGAGGAUCCUUAGGGUUUUGGACCACCCCUUCCUCCCGUCCCUCUACGCCGAUUUCGACGCCUCCCCUCACUACUCCUGCGUCGUCAUGGAGUACUGCUGCGGCGGCGACCUCCACUCCCUCCGCCACCGCCAACCCGCCCUUCGCUUCUCCCUCUCCGCCGCCAGGUUUUACGCGGCGGAGGUGCUGUUGGCGUUGGAGUACCUGCACAUGCUGGGGAUCGUGUACCGCGACCUGAAGCCGGAGAACAUCCUGAUCCGAUCGGACGGCCACAUCCUGCUAUCGACUCGACUCUCUGUCAUCCACUCUCCCCCCGUCGAACGCGGGGCACACACACCACCCCCCAAGCCCCGUCCCCGCCGCUGUGACAGAUCUCGCUGCUCGACUCCGCCGGCCGGACCUCGUGAAGCUCGGGACCAGCUCUUCCGGUCAGGAAGCGCGGCGGGCCGACCGCGGUUGUUGGGCCGAGCGGUCGCGCCGGUCGAGUCCUUCGUGGGACCACGGUAG